AUGCGUCCACGCGUCGUUGUCGCCGCAAAGGCUCUGACACCGCUCCAAUCUCUCCUGACGCGUCGAUGGCGGCCACAAUGGGUCUGCUCGAGCUGCCGGCCUCGACAGCAGCCAUGGCGUGCGCUGGCGACUUCGACCUCGAAGCCGUCUGAUCAGGACAAGCCAUACUAUGUCACGACGCCGAUAUUCUACGUCAAUGCCGCGCCGCAUGUCGGCCACAUGUACACCAUGAUUCUGGCCGAUGUCCUCAAGAGAUGGCAAGAGAUGAAGGGAAGGAAAGCGGUGCUGCUGACAGGCACUGACGAGCAUGGCAUGAAGAUUCAACGGGCGGCCGCCAAAGCUGGUGUSGAUCCCAAGGAGUUCUGCGAUCAGGGUGCGGAAGUAUUUCGAGAUCUUGGUAAAAGGGUGGAUCUAAGUAAUGAGAUCUUCAUUCGGACCACCGACAAGAAGCACAAGGAAGGCGUCGAAUAUGCUUGGCAGAUGUUGGAGGAGCGCGAUCUGAUAUACGAGAGCAAGCAUGAGGGCUGGUAUAGCGUCUCGGAUGAGACCUUCUACCCUCAGGCCCAGGUGCAUCUCAUUGUGGAUCCGCCGACAGGCCGAAAGAUCAUGGUGAGCCUUGAGACGGGCAAGGAGGUGGAAUGGACGAGUGAGAGGAACUACCAUUUUCGUCUGAGCGCGUUCAGGGAGAAACUGCUGAAGUUUUACGAGGAGAAUCCAAAAUACAUUGUGCCAAAGUCACGGAUGGACGAUGUGGUGCGACAGGUCACUGCUGGUUUGGAAGAUCUCUCGGUGUCGCGACCUGCUGAGCGCCUCACCUGGGGUGUCCCUGUGCCUACUGAUUCUUCACAAACCAUCUACGUCUGGCUAGAUGCGCUUUUGAAUUACGCAACGGCAGUGGGCUACCCAUUCACACCCGGCCAGGAGGGUGCUGGAGGUUGGCCAGUCGACGUGCAAGUUGUGGGCAAGGACAUUGUUCGAUUUCAUUGCAUCUACUGGCCUGCAUUCUUAAUGGCACUGGAUCUUCCACUGCACAAGCAAGUCCUCACGCACGCUCACUGGACGCUUGGCAAGCAGAAGAUGGCGAAAAGUACAGGCAACGUUGUUAGCCCAUUCUUCGCCCUGGAACGCUUCGGCAUCGAUGCCAUGCGCUGGUAUCUCAUCCAUGAGGGCGGCAUUGCCGAUGAUGCCGACUACGAGAACAGCUUCAUCAUCGAGAAGUACAAGAAAGGUCUGCAGGGCGGAUUGGGAAAUCUUGCCAGCCGCGUCACUCGCGGUAAGGGCUGGGAUGUUCGACGUGCCGUGCAACGCUUUGCGCACCCCAAUGCAGCAGAAGUUGAUUCUGCCAUUUCACAGACUGCUGAAAAUGCACGCAUGUAUGGCAGCAUCCAGGAGUCUCCCAAUCAAGUCGACCAUCUCAUGGGGGAACUCUUCCCGAAUCGCGCCUUGCAACGAAUCAUGAAGCUCGUCUACGACACCAACGCCUUCCUCCAACAUGCCUCCCCGUGGACGAUGGUGACGCAAUUGCGUUCUGCCAUGGCUGACACAACCGGCAAAGAGCUCUAUGAUGCCGCGAAGGAGGGUCUCACGCCUGAGAAGAUGGAAGAACAGAUUGAUUGUACCAUCUACCUCGCCGCCGAAGCUUUACGCAUAACGGGCAUUCUGCUUCUGCCCUUCAUGCCUGAUUCUGCGAAGAAGCAAUUGGAUAUGCUGGGUGUUGCAGGGGAUAGAAGGACCUGGGAAUGGUGCCACGUCGGCAAGGAUGACAGCUAUGGCACCCCUUUGAUUGAUAUCGGCUCUGGUACCAAGGGCACCCUGUUUCCAGCUUUGACGAGCCACUUUUAG